GUCUGCGUCAUCAGUCAUCUGACCGGAAGUGACUUAAUGCAUUUCAGCCGUGAUUUCCUUGUUAUUUGUGGAUGCGAUGAUUUGAUCUUUAUGAUUGUAUGUCCAUAACAACAACUAUAUAAUUUAACUAAUAAACGCGGUACUGUCGUUUUAAUUAGUACAUUAGUUCAUAUAGUCGUUUUAAGCAUGACGGCAGUUAACGAUAGUUCCCUACGGAAGAUGCUGUCGAAGAUUUAUAAAUACAGGGAUCUGACCGCACGCGACAUAUUAAACGUGACGUCUCACUAUAAAGAUCUUAAGCCUGUGAUGGACAGCUACGUGUUCAAUGAUGGCUCCACCAAAGAGCUGUUGAGUCUCACAGGAACGGUGCCAGUAAGCUACCGAGGAAAUGUAUACAACAUUCCCAUCUGCCUGUGGCUUCUAGACUCAUAUCCCUACAACCCUCCCAUCUGUUUUGUCAAACCCACAAGUGCCAUGAUGAUAAAAACAGGGAAACAUGUCGAUGCCAAUGGAAAGAUUUACCUCCCAUACCUGCAUGAAUGGAAACCUCCCCUGUCUGAAUUGUAUGGACUGAUCCAGGUGAUGAUUGUAGUGUUUGGAGAUGAACCACCUGUUUUCUCACGGCCCAUCACUCAGGCAACUUACCCAGCAUUCCCAGCAGCAGGCCCACCUAACACUUCGUACAUGCCAAGCACACCAGGGUUGCCUUAUGGUCAAGGUCACUCUGCCAAUCCAGGUGGAUUUCAGGGCUACCCUUUUCCUGCAGUAGGCCCUGGAUACCCCACUACCUCAGGCUCCUCUCUCUACACCCCAGUGUCUUCUGUCACUACAGUGGGACCCACCCGUGACGGUACCAUUGGUGAGGACACAAUCCGUGCAUCUUUGGUGUCUGCAGUCAGUGAUAAGUUGCGCAGACGGAUGAAAGAAGAGAUGGAUAGAGCACAGGCAGAGCUAGAUGCACUGAAAAGGACAGAGGAGGACCUAAAGAGAGGCCACCAGAAGCUGGAGGAGAUGGUGACCAAACUAGACCUGGAGAUGGCUGAUGUGGACAAAAACAUUGAUCUCCUUAAGCAGAAAGAUGAUGAGCUGACUGCUGCUCUGGAAAAAAUGGAGAACCAGUCUGAGAACAAUGAUAUUGAUGAUGUGAUUGUGCCCACUGCUCCUCUGUAUAAGCAGAUUCUGAACCUCUACGCUGAAGAAAACGCCAUAGAAGACACAAUCUUCUACUUGGGUGAAGCGUUGCGCAGAGAUGUCAUUGACUUGGAUGUCUUUCUUAAGCAUGUGCGCCUACUCUCCAGGAAACAGUUCCAACUGAGAGCCCUGAUGCAGAAAGCCCGGAAAAUAGCAGGCCUCAGUGACCUGUACUGACCUGCCCAAAUAAAUCAUUCCCCCUCUCAGCUGGAACACAUGCACUAUAUGGCAAGGACCCUACAUUUUAUCCAAGAACAAGAGGUUCGGGACCCUCCUUUUUAUAAAUCACAGUCUUUCUAGGUACAGAAAGAUGUGAAAGGUAACUAAUAUACCCAGGACCAAAAUAUUCACGUUUACAUUCAUAUCAUCAUCAUUAAAGACAACAAGUGCUUUGAAUAUAUCUUUAUUAUGUAAAAAAUGAAGUGACCUUUGAGGUUUGCAGAGAGGAAAACAAUGGAAGGAAAUCAAACUUUUGCAAGAGAGAUUUUUGCUCAGCUAUGUAGUUUAGCAUAGCCUUAUUAAAAAAAAAAAAAAAAAAAGCAACCACUGCACUUUUUGUAACUUGUGCCUCAUAUUCCUCUAAAGUGUCUUUUCAGAAGUAGGAUAAAGGGAAAGAAGUUUGAGAAUAACAUUCAAUAUGCUCUACCUGAAUGUCUUAUUUUUAUAUCGUUUAACCUCCUAAUAUGUACCUGUAUUGAAUAAUUCUCUUAAAAUCAGCACUUUGUUUUAUUUUUAGUAAAUCAAUCUUCUUAACAUCUCAGAAUCUAAUUAUAUCAUUAUGCUUUAUCUUUAUCAUUGUCUACUACCUAACACACCUUUGCAGUCCUGCUUGUGAUUUAUACGUGUUGUCAAUCUAACAUUCUUACAGUUUUUAUGUAGUCAGUUUACAAGAAAGUGCUUGGAAUUCUUGCAGAUUUAAUGAUAAGAAUAUUAUGCAUGAAGGGAACAUUUUCUUUGCAAAGAUACUUGGAGUAUUGUUAGAUUGCUGGUUUAAUCAUGGAUGAAGUGUUUUGCUUACAAUCAAGGGAAACAAGGGAAUAACAAAGUGAUUGUGCAUCUUUUGGAGGUAUAAGAGUAUUUAAAAAUGAAAAUCUGAAAUAAAAGCAAGAAAAAAAUCUUAAA